AUGGAAGUCGUUUCACUUUUCGAUAAGGUCGUUGAUGAGGUUCUGUAUCAUACGUCCGUUACCGGACACCCGGGUAUAUCCACAGUGCGUGAGGUGAUAAUUAGCGUCAAGUACGACAUUUUUUAUCUUGUCAUGGACUAUUAUCCAUGCCAACUGCUACAUUUUGACUCAAAGCUUAGCGUGUACGCCGCGAUGGGUUCAAUCAACCACGUUGCAGAUGACCAGGGAGAAUCAUGCGUGAUACGUUUAUACAAAGAAGAUUCGGCCCGGCUCAUAAUGAAGGAUAUCAUUGGAACAGUAAUGUAUCUCCACUCGGUGGGCGUCUUGCACAAGGAUCUGAAACCUGAAAACAUUCUUCUCAUUAAGGAUAAUCCAUUCAUGUACGAGCCUGUUGGUGUCUCUUCUAUGAUCGAUGUGCAUAAAAACGAUGAAAGUAGUUUCAUCGCUGAGCCCGAACCAUAUAACCCUUGUUGCAAUGAAGUAUUAGCCGAAUACGUCGGACGUUUUCUGGCGUCGGAAGAGGCAACAUCAUACUAUGAUGUUGAACUGUCUCAUGUCGUAGAGAAACACUUCCCUUAUGACAACUCAGUUGCAUCAGAUUUAGAGUGGGUAUGGGAGAAUGGAUGCGAAAUAGUCUGCGACAUUAUACAGGAGGGCAAGGACGAGACCAAAACCAUGCGGAUAGGCAAAUCCGCCGUCCACUUUGCCAAGAAAACUGCAGAAUCGUGUAUGGAUAAUUCAUCCACAUUGCUGGACUUUUUUCUCUUCGAAACUGAUUCGUCUAUACCGUACAAAAAGCCCGAAUGGUUUGUCAGCGCUACCGAAUUCUGGCGAAGUCAACGCUUCAAAGUCGCUCGACAACCAUUAAUUCAGCGAUCGGUAGUCGAACGACGCGAUACUUUCGUGGUCAUAACGGAUUUUGGAGUGUCAAGCAUUGGUGAUGUGGGUGCCGCAAACGGCGAACCGCUCUUGUAUGACGGCGAGGGUACAACAGCUUUCUCCAGCCCAGAAUCGCUAAAUUAUGUUGCAGGUCCCAUAUCAGGAGGCAAACGAGAAGUAUUUUCAUUAGGUGUGGUUCUUUACGCCAUGACUUAUGGUGCCCUACCGCAUGAAGGUAUCCUUCUGGCUAUAGUUUCACGGAGGACGUCCCAAAGAAUCAUGUCUUGA